UUUACUAUUUUGCAACUACAGACUAAGACAGCUAAUUCCUAUGUAUCAACAGGAAGCACCCAUUUGGAAAUGGCUCUGUCUCUCAUAAAGAAGUGCCAUUCCCCUACCCAGGGCAGAGGACCCCCCGCUCCAAACCUUCCCUCCCCCAUGCCCACUUACUUGGCCAGUGGGGUGCGCACUCCCCAGGGCACCCUCCCCCCCCCGAAAGUACGAUGCGCUCCGGCGCCCACAGCAGCCCGAAUCAUGCCCUGCAGCACUCUGCAGCAGUACCAUUUUGGGCCAAAUCAUACCCCUCAGGGAGUGCGGGAAGCACCCUUCAACCUGCAGGCCUCCCUUUGGCCUGUGUGAUGAUGUCACUUCCGGGAAGGGUGGAAUCUAGGGAGGGAAAGGGGCUGUGGUGUCACACUGUUUCCCUCUAAAUCUAUCAUUUCCUCCAGGGAAACUGAUCUUUGUGGGGCUUAUCCAUACACUCUAUUUAUUCCUAAUUUUCUUAGCGUCCAUCCCUGUGCAUUGGAAUUGGUUUGGGGAUGGUUCUUCCACAAGUCUGCCCUCCCUUUGCAUUCUUACUGUGGUGGAGUUGGUUUAAUUUGUUCCGCACCUGCCUUAAAUAAUCAGGAUUUUCAAGUGAGGGUGCUGUCAUCAUCGGUGGUAUCACUGGUGAUGUCACAGCACCCUUUAAAAAAAAUUCUACAUGCUUAUAUUGAUAGAUCAAUAUAAGGGCUGGAUUUUUUUCAAAAAAAGAUUGAGAAUGAACCCGUGGGGAAGUCUUUACAUGGAGAAGCUUAAAAGGGGAGCAGCUCCACCACCCGUACCUAAGUUCGCCUUCUCCCAUCCAAACCGGAUAGCCGUGCCAGGCUGACAGAGAGCCAGGAGGCGCAGCCAGCUCCAGCAGCGCAAACUGACCUCUGUUUGGACGAAGCCCAGAGCAGAAGCAGCAAUGUGCUUUGCAAAUUGUGCGAUUUUUAUGGCACCAGAAGUGGCCACACAUCUCUCCCCUGAAGGGCUUUUGCAAUUUUUAAAAAAUCAGCAGUUUUAUAUCAUCAGAUCCAUCUAAUGUUGUAUUGAAAGAGCAGCUGGUUCUCUGAAUUCUCAGGUUUAGUUUUUUAAAAAAAAUAAGUCUCUAGCCCCUUUCUAUGCAGAGAUAUAAGGGGAAAGGCAUACUCCACAAAGGAAGAGGCUAGAUACUUACUUUUUCUUAAUGCAAGCUGGGAAUUCAGAGAACCUGCCACACCUUUUAUUACAACCUUAGGUUUGACCUAUCAAUAUGAAAUAGAUUAUUAUAAAAAAGAAAGUUUCUAGCCCCUUCCCUUGUAGAGAUAUGUGCUUUUCCUUAUAUCGGGAAAGGGUCUGGGAAUUUCUUCUAGAGUUUAUACAUCAGCCUAGACAGGACAAAAGGCAUAACAUUUCAGACAGUACAAGGUCACUUCUGUGAGCUUCAAAGAAAAGAGAGAAGACAGCUGUGUUCUCAGCUUCAGAGGUUGCUUGAGAAAUGAAAGUGAUGGUUAGAACAUUUGCAAAAUGAAAUUAAGGUAUAGCAUUAGCAAUGGUUCACCACCUAGAACAAUGACAUGGAUGUAGGGGUACAGACAUGACACAAACGAGGGAUUCUAGCUGCUUACAUUGUAUUGGUGGUUGUAAAAAUGGGAGUGGUUUCUACAAGUAUAAAUUGGUUAUUGUUGAGCCUUCAGUCUUCAGUCUGUCUGCUUCCAGUCUCCAAUAAAGAUGUUUAUUAUAAUAAAGAGCUGUUAAUCUCAAUAUACAAUACCCUUCUUUAGAGCCACUCUCUAUAUAAAGGAAGCAUGGUCUUCUUGGAUGUUAUUGGAAGUAGCCAGCUCUGGCUGUUUUGGCACCUAUGCAUGCUAAGCCCUAUGUGUUCACAUUUAUUUAGCCCUAGGCACACAAAGGCAGUAUGGAGAGCUUCAUAGAACUCCAUCCGGAUCCAGAAGGCUUUUUAAGAAAUGCCCCUGUCAGGGCUUGCUCAUUGUGCCAGAAGGAAUGCCCCGAUUGGUGCUUUGCAGCACAUGAUGCCACAUUUCUCACUCAACAGGCAUUCCACACACAAAAAAAGAGGAAGCCCAAGAAGAAGUCUCCCCUCUCAAGUACAGUAGUCUGGGGACCACAUAAGUCUUUUCUAGGAGGCUUCACAUUAAGAAAAGCUGUCUGAAAAUAGCCUUUGUAUGUCUGUCCUGUUUGGGAAUAGAAUCCCACUUCGUCAGAUGCACCGAGUAAAUUCUUCAUCAGCAGACAUGCACAGAGAGAAAGAGAGAGAUUGGGAACAGUGAGGCUAAAAGACCCCGAAAUGCAGAAGGUGUACUUUGUGACAUUUCUGUGCAAGCCUCAAAGCAAAUAAGCCAAGCACAAUGACCAUUCAUAUAAGCUGUAGUUGUGAUAACUACAGCGAGCAGUUAUCGCUGUAGUUAUCACAGCGAGUUGUGAUAACUACAGCGAGCAGUUGUCUGCCUAGUUCCGUUAAGCAAUUUACAGGUAACUGAUUUAUUUACACUGGCCAGUGGCCAAUGAAGUCUGAUACCGAGUGGACCGUGUCCUUCUCCACCCCUCUACAACCAAUAUCCUAGUUUAGGUAAAGUGACUGAACAGAAGCAGAUUUACACCCUCUCCUCCUAGAGGCAGAAGGUAAAAGCUUUAAGAAAGAUUCAGAUCAUGGACUCUCCCGAUAUGAGGAAGAAAAAGGUAGCCAUUAUUGGAGGCGGCUUGGGAGGGUGUUAGAUGAUUUCUUCCUGCUGCAAAAGACCUCCAAGUCUCCCCUCAUACUGUUCCUGGGGGUGCCCUCCACAGAAACAGCAUUUCAAGGGGCAUUGUGCACUGGCAGCGGGGGAGAGACAGGUGGGUGCUUUAAACGGUUGUUUCUUUGCAAAAAAGGGGUUCCCUGUGGAAAUUUAUGAAGCCAGGCAAGAUAUUCGUAUAUCCAGUCUGUCUCGUGGCAGAAGCAUUAAUUUGGCUCUGUCUCACAGGGGGCGGCAGGCCCUCAAGGCUGUUGGAAUGGAAGAUCAGAUUGUGUCUAAAGGCAUUCCUAUGAGAGCAAGAAGGAUCCACACACUUUCAGGAAAACGGUAUUCAAUUCCUUAUGGGACGAAGAGCCAGUAUAUUCUCUCUGUCGACAGAGCAAAUUUAAACAAGGAACUGCUAACUGCUGUGGAGAAAUAUCCCAAUGCUAAACUGUACUUUGAACACAAACUACUACGCUGUGAUUUAGAAUCGAGGACAUUGACCUUUACAGGGUCAGACCUUAUAGCAAAAGAGGUCACUUGUGACCUAAUUGUGGGUUGUGAUGGAGCCUUUUCCACAGUUAGGAAGCAGUUCAUGAGGCAAACACGAUUCAAUUACAGUCAAAUGUAUAUUCCUCAUGGAUACAUGGAACUGACAAUUCCACCAAAGGAUGGAGAGUUCGCAAUGGAACCGAAUUUUCUUCACAUAUGGCCCAGGAACACAUUCAUGAUGAUCGCGCUACCCAACCUGGACAAGACGUUCACGUGUACUCUCUUCAUGCCUUUUGAGGACUUCGAAAAGCUCACAACAGGAGACCAAGUGCUGGAUUUCUUCAAAAUGUACUUUCCAGAUUCCAUUCCUCUAAUCGGAAAGGAGGCACUGAUGCAAGAUUAUUUUUUACUACCAGCCCAAGCCAUGGUAUCUGUGAAGUGCUCAACCUACCAUAUGGACUCUUGCUGUGUGCUGAUGGGAGAUGCUGCGCAUGCAGUCGUCCCCUUCUAUGGGCAAGGCAUGAAUGCUGGAUUUGAAGACUGUCUAGUUUUUGAUGAGUUAAUGGACCAGUUUCAAAAUAAUCUCAGUCUCUGCCUCCCUGAGUUCUCCAAACUGAGAGUUCCCGACGACCAUGCAAUUUCAGAUUUAGCCAUGUACAAUUACAUUGAGAUGCGCUCCCAUGUAAAUUCAAGGUGGUUCAUUUUCCGAAAGCAUUUGGACAACUUCCUUCAUGCCCUCCUGCCCUCCACCAUUAUACCUCUCUACACAAUGAUUACAUUCUCCAGGAUCCGCUACCAUGAAGCUGUGCAAAGGUGGAAAAGGCAGAAUAAGGUAAUCAACAGAGGCCUCUUCCUCAUUGUGUCAGGAACAAUCCUAAGUGGCGUCUACCUGUCCAGGAACUAUAUAAGACCCAAAUUGGACUUCUGUGUGGAAAACCUCUGGCGAUGGACUCGUGGCUUAAGAAAAUUUACAACUUUUGCCAGUCAUCUCAUCAGAACUUUGCCUUCAUUCUACUUAUUUCUAAGGAAUCCAUGAAUUGGCCACCUCAGAUACAAGGCCUCAAACUUUGCUAACUCAGUCUACCUCAGAGUUGAUUAUAAACACUGUAUUUUUAAAAAUAAAUCUUACUCAGUUUUAAGAAUUAAUCUUAAGAAUUACCAGUUUUAAGAAUUAAUUUUAGGAUGAAGGGUUAAAGUUGUCAGGUCCCCCCACCCUCCGGGCAGAAGGCAGGAGAACUGGGACUCACCAUUGAAGACGUCUUCACUCCCGUGCUGCGCGAUGACAUCACUUCCGGGAUGUGCUACCCCUGGGAGUGCUCCCAUGCUCCUUAGCAGGCCGAUUUUGGCCCAUUUGGGGCUUAAAUUGGCCCGCUGUGAAGUGCAGGAGCUCUCUCUAGGACUCUCCCGGCAGCACUCCUGCACUCUGCAGUGGGCUGACAGUUUUGGGGUAGGCUUGCCAACUUCCAGGUGGUGGCUGGAGAUCUGGAAUUACAACUGCUCUCCAGGUCUCAGAAAUCAGUUCCCCUGGAGAAAAUGGCUGCUUUGGAGGGUGGACUCUGUUGUAUUAUACCCUGCUGAGGUCCCUCCGUUCCCCAAACCCGACCAUCCAAAGAGUUGCAUUAGUAAAGGGAUCAGGACUACAGACUUUACUGUGGCUGCUGGAAGUAUGAUACAUACUUUGCUACUACAGGUGUAAGUAUGACCCUACAGGGUCGUUCCUUUGUUGUUUGAUAUGUCAGUCUUAGAAUUGCUUAUGCUCUGUUUCAGCAUUUCUUGAACUCUCUGUUGAAGUUCUGCUGGUCUGAAAGUUUGCAAAUUUGCAUGUAUAUACCCUGUUACAUGUUUAUUGAAAUGUCUUUCGGAUUGCCUGUAUUGAAUCGCACUGUGUAAUCCCCCUUGAGGCUCAGUGAGAAAG